UCGCUCAUUCCAAUAUAUCGCAUUGUGUGCACGAUACACACUACUCAUUUCAAUUUUGAAACUCGAUCUAAGCGGCACAAAUAAUAAAGAGCCGCGAGUUUUCUCUCGAAAAUUCAGAAUCCGUUUAUCACACACACAUAUAAAUCAAAACGGUUUUCGAAAAAGAAAAUCGCACCACAAUCAACGUGCACAUCGACCACAUUCGAUGAUGAUUCAGCAAAAUCACAAUUUCUACCAUAUUUUUUCUUCCACAUAUUAAGUUUCGACACACUCAACAAUAAAACAAGGAUAUAGACACGCUUUUUGAAAAAUGAAAUAUCGAUGAUUAUUAUCAAUUUAUGUGAGUAGAUAAUGAGAAAAUCCAAUAAUUUGGCGGAAAUUCGCAGGUGCUGUUUGUUCGAAAAAUAUAUAUCCAUUGGAUUUGAGAGCGAAAGAUAGACAUAUAGACUACGGUGUGGUUAAAUAAACAUUGUGCAUUGUGUGAUAGAAACGGUGGAUUUGGGUGGCUUUUACAUAUGCAAACAUUAAAUAAUCGCAGUUGAAAAUCCAAUCGUUGUUAAAACGUGUGUGUGCUUGUGUCAAACGACACACAAAUUGGAACGCAAUGACGGCGGCCAUCGUGGAGAACGAUAAAAAUGGGACUAUUGACGAAAAAACGGGAAAAUCGUCGUCAGACGAUAGUUCAUUGUUAGAAUUGGAAAUGCUGCCAUCGACAGCUGAUUCAUCGAUUCAUGCAGCUAACGAAGUGGCAGCACGUUUACGUGUAGACAUUCGCACCGGUUUGACAUGGUCAGAGGCAAAGUAUCGAGCAAAAAUCAUCGGAUACAAUGAAUUACUUGCGGAUGAAGAUGAACCAGCGUGGAAAAAAUAUGUAGAUCAAUUUAAAAAUCCACUUAUUUUAUUGCUAUUGGGUUCGGCGCUAGUCAGUAUAUUUAUGAAACAAUUUGACGAUGCGGCCAGCAUUACGAUAGCAAUUAUCAUUGUAGUCACCGUUGCAUUCAUUCAGGAAUAUCGAUCGGAAAAAAGUUUGGAAGAACUAAAAAAGUUGGUGCCACCAGAAUGUCGAUGUUGGCGAGAGAGUCGUGUGGAAUCGUUUUUGGCACGUGAAUUGGUUCCCGGUGAUAUAGUGCUAUUAAAUGUGGGCGAUCGUGUGCCAGCCGAUUGUCGCCUAUUCGAAACGAUUGAUUUGUCCAUUGACGAAUCAAGUUUCACCGGUGAAACGGAGCCAGCAUCAAAAACAUCCGAGGUUAUGUUCAAUUCGGCCAUCAGCGGCAAUACAAAUGGAACAAAUGGCGUUACAAAAGACCAUACAAAAAUGCGAAACAUUGCGUUUAUGGGCACAUUGGUGCGAUGUGGUAGCGGAAAGGGUAUUGUUGUCAGUACUGGUGAACGCAGUGAAUUUGGCGAAGUAUUUAAAAUGAUGCAAGCCGAAGAAGCACCAAAAACGCCAUUACAAAAAUCAAUGGAUAUUUUGGGUGCUCAGCUUAGUUUCUAUUCAUUUUGUAUCAUCGGUAUAAUCAUGUUUUUGGGAUGGAUACAAGGUCGUGCUGUUGUUGAAAUGUUUACGAUUGGUGUGAGUUUGGCCGUUGCUGCCAUUCCAGAAGGAUUACCAAUUGUUGUUACCGUAACGCUUGCAUUGGGCGUAAUGCGAAUGGCAAAACGAAGCUGUAUUGUGAAAAAAUUACCAACAGUCGAAACAUUGGGCUGUGUAAAUGUCAUUUGCUCGGAUAAAACGGGCACCAUUACAAAAAAUGAAAUGACAGUCACGGUUAUUAUCACAUCAGAUGGAUAUAUGGCCGAUAUUACGGGUGCCGGUUAUAAUGAUCAAGGUGAGAUUCAUAUUCGUGAAUGCAAUAGCAUCGAUAUGGCCAAAGAAAGUAUUACACAUUUAUUGGAGGUUGGAACGGUGUGCAAUAAUGCAAUUAUUCAAGAUAGUGCAUUGCUUGGUCAACCAACCGAAGGUGCACUGUUAGCGGUUGGAAUGAAAUGUGGCCUGUAUGCAGCCGCCGACAAAUAUAUACGUUUACAAGAGUAUCCAUUUAGUUCAGAGCAAAAAGUAAUGGCGGUUCGUGUUGUACCCAAAUACAGUAACAACAAAGAGGAAAUAUUCUUUGUAAAAGGUGCCCUCGAAAUGGUAUUGCCACAAUGUACCCGAUAUAAAUAUGGCGGUCAAAUUGUACCACUUACCAAACAAACGGAAUCGGAAUUUUUGGCCGAAGCAUAUGAAGUGGGUCGCAAAGGAUUGCGUGUAUUGGCAUUGGCCAAAGGGAAAUCACUACAGGACUUAGUGUAUUUGGGAAUUGUUGGUAUUACUGAUCCGCCACGGCCAUUGGUACGUGAAUCCAUUGAAAUAUUACGCCAAAGUGGCGUUAGCGUUAAAAUGGUAACGGGCGAUUCACAGGAAACGGCUGUUGCCGUUGCAAAUCUCAUCGGUUUGGAUACCGUUCAUCAUAUUAUUUUGUCUGGCACGGAUAUGGAUCAAAUGUCCGAAAUACAGUUGGACAAGUGCAUCAACAAUGUAAGCAUUUUCUAUCGUGUUACACCAAAGCAUAAAUUGCAAAUAGUUAAAUCAUUACAACGUGGUGGUAACAUUGUUGGUAUGACUGGUGACGGUGUUAACGAUGGCGUUGCAUUAAAACGUGCCGAUAUCGGAAUUGCAAUGGGCAAAAAUGGAACAGAUGUAUGCAAAGAAGCUGCCGAUAUGAUUUUGGUUGACGAUGAUUUUCACACAAUUAUUGCUGCAAUUGAAGAAGGCAAGGCGAUUUUCCAUAACAUUCGAAACUUUGUUCGAUUCCAAUUGAGUACGUCGAUUGCAGCGCUCUCAUUGAUUGCUUUAUCUACGUUGAUGAGCAUUCCGAAUCCAUUGAAUGCCAUGCAAAUUCUUUGGAUCAAUAUCAUUAUGGAUGGUCCACCAGCUCAAUCGCUUGGUGUUGAAUCUGUUGAUCAGGAUGUGUUGCGUCAACGGCCACGCAACGUUAAACAACCGAUGAUCACAAAGUCUGUCAUAAUCAACGUUUUACUAUCAGCAAGCAUUAUAAUUUUGGGCACACUAUGGGUAUUUCAACGUGAAAUGCUUGACGGUUCCGGCGGUCGAACAAAACGUGAUACAACAAUGACAUUCACCUGUUUUGUAUUAUUCGAUAUGUUCAAUGCGCUCAGUUGUCGAUCACAAACAAAAAGCAUCUUUAAAAUUGGUUUAUUUACCAAUAAAAUGUUUUUGUUUGCCGUUGGAUUUUCACUCAUUGGCCAAUUGCUUGUGAUUUAUUUUCCACCACUACAAAUGGUAUUCCAAACGGAAGCGUUGACCGCAUACGAUUUAAUAUUUUUGGUGACAUUAACAUCGUCCGUGUUCAUUGUAUCCGAGGUGAAAAAAUGGUUUGAACGCACAAUGGAGCAACGUAUGUACAAAACCAAAACGGAUAUGGAUUUCGUAUGACAAUUAGCGGGUGAUGUUGACAAAACCAAUGAUGUGAACUGUGAGAAUAGCGCGCACCGAGGUUCCCCAUCAUCGACGGAACCACGCAGACGUUUGUAAAUCAUAUUUAUGAGUGAGUAAAAAGAAAAAAAACGGAUCGGAGAGAAAAAAGCAACAAUAACAAUAACAACAGCAGCAACAGCAGCAACAACAACAACAACAACAACAACAACAACAAGAAACAACAAACAACACUUAUCAAAAUCACAAAUCAAAUAAAUACAUAAUGGGCGUUAUUGAGUUUAAGACCUCAAUUAGAAAGAAAUUCAGCAGCAUUGCAAUAGGAAAUUACCUAUAUCAAGCUUGAAAUUUUAAUUCUAAAUCAUAGGAACCAACGCGCCUCCAGCGGGGGCUACCACUUCCCUUAAAAUCUUCAGAUAUACAUAGAUAUAUAUUUUAUACUGCUUUUUUUCCCUUCGAAACAACAUUUUCAAUUUUACGUGCGUUAAUUCUCUAAUUUGCGGCUUAGUUUUUUAACAUUUUCUUUACAAUAUCAAAAGAAAAAAGUACAAUAACAACGUCUUUUCAGAUGAACAUUCAAAUCCAUCGUCUCAUCAAAUGAAAAACUAAGCAGAAAUUUUACAUCAUUUGUGUCAACAUUUACCCACCAAGUGAAUUUUUUUCUUUUCUUCAAAAGAAAGAACAAUUUUUUACUGAAUUUCUCCUUUGAAAUUCACAUUAUUUUUUUUUUUUUUUCAUUCAAAUCACUUUGUGUGAAAUCUUUAGUUCCCUUUUGUUUAUUCGUUAAAUCCAUUUUUUGUUACACUGUAUUUUUUCCUCUCUCUCAAUAUCAUAACACAUGACUUUAGGCUUAGUUUAACGAACAAAUCUCCCUUAUUCACGUGCACAGCAACGUGAUUUCAACGAAUGUCACUCUGUUCCACUUAAAAGCACAUCUUGACACAGCAAAAUAUUUAUUAUUCUAGUGCAUUGUUUCGAAACAAAUUGCAUACCAUUUUCAGAGAGAGAGAGAAAGAGAGAGAAAGAAAAACCUAGAAAUAACAAUGUAAUUCCUCCUUUUCAUGGAAUUUUUUUCGCCGACAUUUAACACAAACUAACACAUAUUUUCUUUUGAUUGGUGUUUAACCACGUUUGCCAUUUUAUUUAUUUUUUUUCUGUUCUAUUUUCGAGUUUGUUUGUUGUGUAAUUUUUCUUUUGAUUUUCCAACAUUUUAUUUAAUGCUGCAAGCUGCUUUUCUCAUAUUCAAGCCAUUAACGCACAUUUUUCGCUCACCAUAUUAAGUUGUUUUUGUUGUUUUUUUUUUAUCGCGCCAAUUUUUCUUUUACAGCAUCUUGCCUCACUCACACACUUACACGUCCGCAACUAUUACCAUGGGCUCCGCAUUUUUGUUAUUUAAUUUAUGUGUAUUUUUUUAAAUUAAGAAAAAAAAAACGAGAAAAAAAAACAAAAAAAAAUGAUUCAGAUUCAGAAAAAAGAGCUGAGAAUUGAUUGAGAUAUUAAGUUAACUAGGUAUUUUACGUGUAUUACGUUCACUGCACAUUAAAUAAGAGAACAUGUCCAAAAUUGCCUCGUUUUUGCGUCCAAAAAAUGAAUAAAUUGAUGACUUCUUUCAAUUUGGAACAAAUUCUACGAAAUCAAUGAACAAUUCCCAGACGAAAAAUUUAAACAAGAACAGCCAUUUCGUUGAACAAAUUUGAAACCAUUUCAUGGACGCAAAACAUUAGUGAAAAUAUUUAUUAUCAAAUUGAGCCAAAAUAAACGACGGAAAAAGAAAGAUCGAUCGCUAAUGUCGUAGAAAAACAAAAUGUAGAUCGAAGUUUCAGCAUUGAAUUACGCUCGAUUUGAAUCAAUUCAGGUUCUUAAAUUCUUGCUUUUGUUCAAAGCUUUUUUUGCAUAUUACAAUAGAUCAAAUAUUAAUGUUUUAUUUUUGUUGUUGUGAACGCUAGGAAUUUUUUAUUUUCUGUGUCUGCGAGAUUAUUAACCGCACAAAGAAAAGCGAAAGAAAUAAUUCAACAGCAAAUAUAAUGUCAAUGCUUUCAUUAGCUACAGUACACAUACGUUUAACUUAUAUACAUCAAAUUUCAAGAUUUAAAAAAAAUAUUGCCGAAGAAAUCAAUCAAACAUUUUCCGAAUUCAGUUUGCAAAAACCUAGAAUUUGACUGAACACUGUCAAUGUAUGAAAGACAUUGAAAAGAAAAUUGCAUAAAACAGAUGAUAUCAUUUUUUUGUAAGAUAAAGAAAAUUAAGCGAACGUCGAAUAAGAUGAUGAAAUAAAGAAUGUAUUUAU